AUAACCAUAGACCUUAUUAUUAGGUCUAUGGUCAUAACUGAAAUCUAACCUGAAAAUAUUUUGUUGCCGUUUUGGUUUCGGCGUUUAAGAUACGGACUUAACAAAAAUUGAUAUGGGUGAUCAUCGUAUAAGUAUUGAAGAAACAUUUAUUGAUGAUGUAAAGUUAGAAGAAAAAUUAGGAGUUAUUGACAUUGUCGAACAAUUUCUGGAUGAAGAUGGGAUUCAUGAAAGAAAAGAAUAUUUAGUCAAGAAUGAAGGAAUUAUCUCAAGAGAAGACGAUGCAAAUCUAUUAACUCAAGGAAUUUCUUCUCGAGUUGUAGAUCCACCGAGGAAUAACUCUGAACCGGUCCUUCUGGAGCAGAAUGAACUUCAUGAAUGUCAGAUGGGUAACCUUGGAAUUCAUCUGAAAGCUAAAGAAAACAAGUGUCGUAUAUGCCAGUAUUGCACAAGUGGAAAGGACCACCUAAAAGUCCAUUUCGACAAUGCUCAUUCAGAUAUCAAGGAUCAUAAGUGCCACUAUGCUGCUAGUUCGAAAAGUAACCUUGACAGACAUACAAAGACGGUUGAUUUAAAUGUCAAAAAAUACAAAUGUCACUUAUGUGAAUAUGCCACUGCUGUUAAAGGAAGCCUUAAAGUACAUAUAGAGGGGGUUCAUUUAAAUGUCAAAAAAUACAAAUGUCACUUAUGCGAAUAUGCCGCUGCUUUUAAAGGAAACCUCGAAACACAUAUAGAGGGGAUUCAUUUAAAAAACAAGAAACACAAGUGCCACAUAUGCGAUAAUGCCUUUAGUUUGAAAGGUAGCCUUGACAGACAUAUAAAGUUGGUUCAUUUAAAUGUCAAAAAAUUCAAAUGUCACUUAUGUGAAUUCGCCACUGCUGUUAAAGGAAGCCUUAAAGUACAUAUAGAGGGGGUUCAUUUAAAUGUCAAAAAAUACAAAUGUCACUUAUGUGAAUAUGCCGCUGUUGUAAAAGGAAGCCUUAAAGUACAUAUAGAGGGGGUUCAUUUAAAUGUCAAAAAAUACAAAUGUCACUUAUGCGAAUAUGCCGCUGCUUUUAAAGGAAACCUCGAAACACAUAUAGAGGGGAUUCAUUUAAAAAACAAGAAACACAAGUGCCACAUAUGCGAUAAUGCCUUUAGUUUGAAAGGUAGCCUUGACAGACAUAUAAAGUUGGUUCAUUUGAAUGUCAAAAAAUACAAAUGUCAAUUGUGUGAUUAUGCCACUGCUGUUAAAGGAAGCCUUGAAGUACAUAUGGAGGGGGUUCAUUUAAAUGUCAAAAAAUACAAAUGUCACUUAUGUGAAUAUGCCGCUGCUCUUAAAAGAAGCCUUAGAGUACAUAUAGAGGGGGUUCAUUUAAAUGUAAAAAAAUACAAAUGUCACUUAUGUGAAUAUGCCGCUGCUCUUAAAAGAAGCCUUAGAGUACAUAUAGAGGCGGUUCAUUUAAAUAUCAAAAAAUACAAAUGUCACUUGUGUGAAUAUGCCGCUACUGAAAAAAGAAGCCUUGACAGACAUAUAGAGUCAAUUCAUUUAAAUGUCAAAAAAUACGAAUGUCACUUAUGUGAAUUUGCCACUGCUGUUAAAGGAAGCCUCAAAGUACAUAUAGAGGGGAUUCAUUUAAAUAACAAGAAACACAAGUGUCAUAUGUGCGAUUAUGCUUCUUAUUUGAAAAGUCACCUUCACAGACAUAUAAAGUUGGUUCAUUUAAAUGUAAAAAAAUACAAAUGUGACAUAUGUGAAUAUGCCACUGCUGUGAAAAAAAGCCUAAAAGAACAUGUAGAUUCAGUUCAUUUAAAUGAAAAAUAAAUACAAAUGUGAAUAUGCCACCGCUGUAAAAAGAAGUACAUAUAAUGUCGGUUCAUUUAAAUAACAAGAAAAACAAGUGUCACAUAUGCGAUAAUGUUUAUAUCGAGAAACGGAAAAUUUUUUGUGUUUUAAUGACUGUUUUCAUAAUCUUGAAAUAUAUUUCUCUAAUACAUUAAUUAAUUAUUUACUUUAUAUAUAUGACAUACCUAUAAAAAAAUACAAAUAUCUAUAAA